AUGGACGGCUCAAGCCAAAACAACACUAAUCUCGCCUCGAGCACCUCCUCGCGACGCAGACUUACAAAGAAACCACCCAGUUCACACAGCCAGUACCAGCACUCGUACCAGCACCGCAGCUCCAACAGCAUCGAUGGUCGGUUUGACGCCCAAUCUAUCCAGAGCAAACGCAGCUCCACGAGUCUGAGGCGAGCGCCAAGUGCUCCACCCGCAAGGACUCCCACCUCCAACGCGUCAAACAGUUCCUCACCACGGCAUCCUCCCAACUCUUCCCACAGCGGUGCUGCCACUUCCGGUGCCACUUAUUCCCAGCGGUCACUGAAUCCCUCCCCGAUCGUGCCCAGCAGCGAGUUUGCUGGCCUUUCCUUCUCCUCCUACCCCCAAUCCGCCGGUGCCAACCGCGACCCUGCCCGCAGGGACCACUAUCGUCUGUCCGAUCCCCACAACAACAAUCUUAAUCACGGCACGGCCUCGGCCACGUCCACUCAUCGUCGCCUCCAUUCCAAGGCUUCCGAAGAAUUCAUCGGCGCCCCAUUCGACGGAUCUGCGAUCCUCAACCGCAUCGAAGCCACGAAAUCCCCCACCACCCACCAGCGACCGACGAUCCCACACCCUGCCUACGCCUCGCCAGAUCCCCGCGCACCUGGCCCGUCUCUCGAACAGUCCGCCAGCUUCUCGGCUGCUCCUGACAUCAUGGCCGCCGAGAAGUCGCAGGGCGCCAAGGUGUCCGAGAAUCAAUUGAAUGGGCCCAAGAGAUUCUCGGAUGAGGCAAAGGAGCCCAAGAUGCCGUCGGUGUUGAGGAAGAAGUCUGGCUUCACCGGCUUCAUGACCAGUCUGGUCGGCUCGCCCAAGAAGCCGCUCAUCUCAGCGCCCGAGAAUCCUGUUCAUGUCACCCACGUUGGCUAUGAUAGUUCCACUGGCCAGUUCACGGGACUACCGAAGGAAUGGCAGCGACUGAUCAACGAGAGUGGCAUCCCUGAGAAGGACAGACAGGCGAAUCCCCAGAUGCUCGUCGACGUGCUCACAUUCUACAAGGAGACAACAGAGAAGCCUCACGAGGACCAGAACCUGGAGAAGUUCCAUGAUGUUCGAGCCCCCGAGAUGCGCCAGAUGAGCUCUCAGCCUGGGUCGGCCACGUUGCCCCCACCUGGAUAUACGGGUAUGUCACCUAUGAUAAGCCCGCCUGCUAGCCCGCGGUUUCCUCAGAAUAUUGAAGGCAGUUUCGAAAAUCCCCGGUCACCCCCUCCGGUCCCGAAAGGUUAUGGCUCCCAUCCUUCCAAGGAUAUCAACCUGAUGCCCAAUCGGCCAGCCCCCAAGCCCCCGGUCUCCAUGUCGAACCGUGCGAAUGCCCCGGCUCCCUAUCCGACCAAAGAUUCAGGCAUCGGUAUGCCCUCAGGCGGCGAAGAAGGCCCAUACAACCCCCCGAAGGAGGCCCCGACCAUGCUACCCGAAGAGCACCGAUCAAGGUCCAGGUCGAACUCCCGAGUCAACGUCCCCACCCCCGCCCCCGCCCCUUCCCCUCCCGUUCAGCCUUCCCCGGCCGCGUACCAGCAGCAAUUGAUGCAGCAGCAGCAAGAGCAGGCCAUGGCCCAGGCGCAAGCCGCAAUGUCUGGACAGAUCGGCCGAGCACCAAGCAAGAGACAGCAGAACCAGCAGCCGACUCCACCUCAGUCGCAACACCAGUUCAAUCAGAACGGUGCGCAGCGGCCCCCACAGCCGCAGGUUGGCGCCGUGCCAGGUGCCCGGCCUCGCAACCGACAGAGGCACAGCAACGGCAUCGACGUCAUUGCUUCGCUCAAGCGUAUCUGUUCAGAAGGUGACCCUCGAGAGAUCUACCGUGGGUUCUCCAAGAUCGGCCAGGGCGCCUCUGGCGGAGUGUUUACUGGACACGAGAGAGGCAGCAACAGGCUGGUCGCCAUUAAGCAGAUGAACCUGGAGCAGCAGCCCAAGAAGGAUCUCAUCAUCAACGAGAUCUUGGUCAUGAAGGAGAGCUCGCACCCUAACAUCGUCAACUUUAUCGACAGCUACCUCUGCGGAGGAGAGCUCUGGGUCGUCAUGGAGUACAUGGAGGGAGGAAGUCUGACUGACGUUGUCACGUUCAACAUUAUGACUGAGGGGCAGAUUGCGUCCGUUUGCAGGGAGACUUUGAAGGGACUGCAACAUCUUCACUCCAAGGGCGUCAUCCACCGCGAUAUCAAGUCGGACAACAUCCUGUUGUCGAUGGAGGGCAACAUCAAGCUCACUGAUUUUGGAUUCUGUGCUACCAUCAACGAGGCUCACAACAAGAGAACGACGAUGGUCGGAACACCAUACUGGAUGGCUCCUGAGGUUGUCACCCGCAAGGAAUACGGAAGAAAGGUCGACAUUUGGUCGCUCGGCAUCAUGGCCAUCGAGAUGAUCGAGGGAGAGCCUCCAUACUUGACCGAGUCCCCUCUGAGGGCUCUGUGGCUCAUCGCUACCAACGGUACUCCAACUAUCAAGGAUGAGAACAGCCUCACUCCAGUUUUCCGGGACUUUUUGUACUUCGCCCUCAAGGUGGACCCGGAGAAGCGAGCGAGCGCACAUGACCUCCUCAGACAUGAAUUUAUGAAGGAGUGCGUUGAUUUGGCUCAACUGUCACCCCUCGUGCGCGCAGCACGCGAUGCCAGAGCUCAGGAAAAGGCACGCAAGGGCGGCCAAUGA